AUGCGCGUUAACGAUGCAUCUCCUAGCGCUGCGGGAAAUUCGCUUCUUCAACCUUUCGGAAAGCCGCGUCAAAAAAACCAUAUCAAGAUUAUUGAUGUUCUAGCCGUCAAAGUCACCCCACAUCUUUUGCUCUUAGCACGGGGUUGUACGGGGAAUCGCAUUGGGGAUGGAGCCGCAAGAGUGACCCGUAAUAAGCCAGGCUUCUGCGUUUACUCGUAUAUCCAUGAGCAAGUUGGCCGUCUAAAUUCUCCGCCAAUCCUACUACCGUUCCUAUGA